GUACGAUUUGCCGCGGACAAGGCCGGCCCCCACUCAGUUUCAGAGUUCAGCCGCCGCGGAAGCCUGCAGAACGCCCGCACCGCAGUCGAACACGAGGACGCAAGUAGCUCAUCGCCAGGCACCGCAACACGCAGGUAUCUAGCUCACUAACCACCGCCGAAGAUGCCGUUGGGAGAAAAGCUCGGUCGCCCCUUCGAGCUCCUUUCGCUCAUCGGCCGCAAACGCAAGGACGAACAGGACGAACACCAUCAGCGUCUCAGCGGCGCUGAGGCGCGCGCCUACGCUAACGCCACAGGCUCGGCCACCGCAGGCUAUACACAUAGCCACAAUCACAGCAGCCACCACUCCAGCUCCAGCAGCUUUUACCCUGGUGUCAAGUACGAGCGCAUCACGCCGGCCACGCAGGCGGCGCCGGUCGUCCAGUACGAGCGUCUCACGCCGGGUUCCGCUGCCGUGUCGGCCCCCAUUCCCGCUGCGCCUAGCGCGCCCGCUGUAACACAUCCGUCGCCUCUGGAUUACGAGGCCGCCGCGCGUGAAGCAGCCUUUCCCAGUCCGGACCUGGUGCCGUCCGCGACCGUAGCGUCCAGUUCCUUCCGCUCGGCGCCGUCCCCCGCGCUGUCGUCACUCCCCUCUCCUGGUAUGCUCACUCCGCUCACGCCCGCUGUCGGUGUGACCCCAACGCCUGUAGGACGCAGCCCAGUUGUGGACACUAUUCGUCCAUUGCGUCCGCCGCGCCAAGCUCAGAACCUUGCGAGCCCGGCUCAGCCACCCGUCGGCCCUGCAGGAGCGCCGUCUGCACCUUUCUCUUCAGUGAUGGAAGAGUGGAUGAGUCAGUUGAGAACUCCGACGCCAGACGUGACGCUCUUGCCGUCGCCUUAUGACUUUAACAAGGACACACCGACGCCUAUGGACACGAACAGCAUGGACAUGCGACGGCUACAGGACGCGCUGCUGCCGACGCCCCCACCUGAUAUCCAUGAUCAGAGACAACAUCCUAAGAACUCGGCGUACGUGACGACGCGUGGACCACGCCCACUACUUGAGGACAUUGCGUCUUUGUGUCGUGAUUUGAACUCGCAGGAUGCUGCGAACGCUAAUAAGGGAAUGCUGCCGCCGUCAAGUGGACAGAUAGAAACCAAAUACACGACGCUCCCGACAAGGCCGCUACGUGCUCGUGAGGAAAGUAUCAGCAGCGCUUACUCGGAUGACGGAGAGAGUCAAGCCAAGAUGCUGGCAGCAGCCGCCGCACUCAGCAGUGUUUCGACCAUGGGCGUAGCAAGUACCCCGUCGGCUGGCAGCUCGAACUCAGGCGCAAAGGGCAAACGCCGUAAGAUGUGUACAGCUGAAGGCUGCCAGAAUUUGUCGCGUUCGCGAGGACUGUGCAAGGCUCAUGGAGGAGGUCGGCGGUGCAGUGUCGAAGGAUGCUCCCGUGCUAGUCAGAGCGGUAGUUUGUGCAUUACUCACGGAGGUGGCAAGCGCUGCACGGUGGAGGGCUGUGUGAAGGCAGCGCAGUCCCGUGGCAUGUGCAAGGCCCACGGUGGAGGCGUGCGUUGCCGUGUGGAAGGCUGCUCCAAGAGCUCACAGGGCGACGGCUUCUGCCGCUCACAUGGUGGUGGUCGCCGCUGUGGUCACCCGAGUGGCUGCUCUAAGUGGGCCCAACGCAAUGGAAUGUGCAUGGCACACAGUGAAGGAAAGUAUGGCAACAGCUACCGUGGACGCCAGCACCGAAUGGAGCAGCAGGAAGCUCAGACCGUUGUCCAGCAGACUUGAUGCGAACACGAGUGUGAAAGAUACACUCGCUAGCACCCGGAGAAGCCGAAGGACUCUCCCAGCGAAUCGACUGAGGCACAAGGGCCAGCAGUACCAUACGAGGAGAUGCUGAACGUGGCGAGGUCUCCCCUCGCCCUACGAGGGAGCGCGUGUGUUAGUCACGAAUGAAGUGAACCACCCGCCUGAUUGACUCUCCGGUAGUGUCGAUCGUUUACUUGUUGUAUACAUUACUCGUUGCUCUAAUGUGUUUAUCAAACUUUGAGGGUCUGGAUUUCUGAUAACGCUUGGAUGCUAGGCAAGAUCUUUGCGAACACCAAAACGACGUGAUUAAUCAGAGAUUAAACGGUC